CAAAUUGGAAAGGUCAGAGUGUACGCGAUUAAUUUCGAAUCUUCUAAGAAACCCUUCUUGAAUAUGAAAACAGAAGGAAUGGAAGGACUUGAAUAUCCGGUUGUUUGUAUCCUCGCAGCUGAAGGGUUUCCAAACAUCAAAAUGACUACUGGUGAUGCAUUGAAUCGUACUUAUUUUAGGAAUUUUCUUAGAACAUAUUACAAUAUAGAUUAUGAUAAUACAGAAG